CAAUAGCGUCUCGCACCGCCCCCGCGGCGUCACGGCGCCCGGCGUCGGGGGAUGGCAGAGGGCCCGGGGGCGGCCAUGGCCUCCUCCGUGGUGCGGGCCACGGUGCGUGCCGUCAGCAAGCGCAAGAUCCAGGCCACGCGCGCAGCCCUCACCCUGACCCCAUCAGCUGUUCAGAAGAUAAAACAGCUUCUUAAAGAUAAACCUGAGCAUGUAGGUGUGAAAGUAGGUGUUCGUACAAGAGGAUGCAAUGGACUUUCUUACACGUUAGAAUAUACAAAAUCAAAAGGAGACUCUGAUGAAGAAGUAGUUCAAGACGGGGUUAGAGUGUUUAUUGAGAAGAAGGCACAGCUGACGCUUCUAGGAACUGAAAUGGACUAUGUAGAAGACAAACUGUCUAGUGAAUUUGUCUUCAAUAAUCCAAACAUCAAAGGAACAUGUGGCUGUGGAGAAAGCUUUAACAUCUGAAAUCUCAGGACUACUUUGACUUUGAACAGCCCAAAACACUUACUGUUGUGACUUUUGGAAGCAAAUGUAUUCUCUUCUGGUUUGUAGGCUGCAUAAAGUGUAGAUGCUAUUAGGAAAAGUAAGGACAAAUUAUUUUCAAAAUGCAAAUUGUAUGUUAAUUCCACCACUGAUGUAGAUAUGCUGUAAUGUGUGAUGAGUUGGGAUCCAAAAGGUAAGAACAGCAAGAAUUGUAGUAACAUCUCUGUACUUUAACAAGUCAAGGAAAUAAAAUCUUGACGUUC